CUUGUGUGGAAACGCAAUUUCGUCUGUAAAAAAAAACCUUUUAAAAUGACUAAAGGACAAUACCAGUCAACGCUGCACACAGGACCAGUUGUAACAUGCAUGAAAACGCUGUUAAUGGUCUUUAAUUUCAUAUUCUGGGUGACAGGAAUAGUGAUCCUGUCUAUUGGGAUUUGGACGAAGGUCGACCUGUACAAAUACUUGGAGUUGUCAUCCAUCUACCAGCCGGAGGCACCGUAUGUUCUCAUCGGUGUCGGAGCCGUCAUCGUCGUCAUCGGCUCUCUCGGAUGUUGCUGCACGGUCAAAGGAAACUCAUUUUUCCUCUACCUGUACUGUGGAUUUCUGGCUCUGGUGUUUAUCGUUGAACUGAGUGCUGGGAUUGCUCUGCUGGUCUACAAAAACAAGCUUGAGAAGGGUUUCAGAGAAGGCUUAAACAGUGGAAUUGACAAAUAUGGCAUGAAAGAUGAAGGGGAGAUAACCAAAGCAUUCGAUGAACUCCAGGAGAAGCUUCACUGCUGUGGAAUUGAAAGCUACACUGACUGGUUCAAAGCACCAUGGGAGGGCAACCAAACAAAUGCUGUCCCCGCCUCCUGUUGCCGUGUCGACAAAAAGAAAUGCCAGCACUCGCACCUCCCGACUAAAGCCAAAGCGGGUGAGACUGACAUCAAUGUACAGGGAUGCCACAGGCUGGUUGUGGAUUUCAUUAAUGGCAACAUUGGUCCAAUUGGAGGUGUGGCACUGGGCAUUUCAUUCUUUCAGGUUUUGGGAGCAAUCCUUGCUGGUUGCCUAGCAAAGAGCAUCAACAAGGCCAAAUACGAGCAGAUGGACUAGAUGUCUGGUGUCCAUGGUAACGUGUGGAGGUAGUGUUCUAGCAGAUGAGAGGCUUGAUUCUUUCUAAUCACAAAGACUUGAUGAUACCAGGGUUAUUCUUCCGUUGCUUAUCAAAAUAGCUCAAUAUAUCUAAAUCUAGUACCAAAAGCAAUAUACCUGAAACCCUAGUGGUACAUGGGCAUGUUAAAGGUACUCUCUCACCAAAAGCUAAAUAUCUUAUUAUAUUAAAGGAGAAAACGUUAAUUAAUUUAAACAAUUUUCUUAAUAUAUUUUCAGACCUGUCUGUAGUUACAAAGGCCUCUGAAAGGACCUACAGAACAGGCAUUAUGAGCAGGGGGGCUUUUAUAUAGAGAUAAUAAUUGGUUACUGUCUUACAAUGUCCACUUUAUCCUGUGAUUGUCAUAUUGGCGAAUGUAAUGAGUGUUGGGCAGUAACACGUUAUUUGCUUUAUUGUGCAAUCCAGCAACAAGUGUCCAACAAUUAUGUUUAAUCAUGAGUUCUGUGAUUGAUAUACUUGUAGUGAUUGUAGGAUAUAGAAGUCAGACAUGAAAUUUAUCUCAAUAGACCGAUGCAGGCCUCGAAAUUCAUAUUAUCCUGCGACAGCAAUUUUGUACCAAUAAUAAUAAAGUAAAUAACCGAUAAUGAUAAAAAAUGCUGUUGCAGAUACAUUUUACGUCAGCUUUUUGCUACAGCAUUGCUGAUUGCUGCUGUGAAUUUCAAGGUCUGCAGAUGAUUGUUAUAAAAAAUUACCUCUUUUUACAGCUGGUUGCUAUAUAAUGUGUCCUUUAUAGACAGGUAAUUGUUAUGAAAAAUGACGUCUGUAUACAGAUAGGUGCCAUAGAGUAUGUCCUUUACAGACAGGAGAUUAUUAUGUAAAAUGUCUUGUAUAAACAGUUGAUUAUUUAAAUAUCUUCUUUUUUUCUUUUUUUAAAGUUCUAAAUUACUUAAUUGAAUACAGCUUAAAUUGAAUAUAACUACUUUUGUAUUCAAGUACAAGUUAGGAACUGUAUACAAAAAUCAAAGAUUAAAUUAGAAUACUAUUCCCAAUUUAGCAGGCAGCUCGAAUCACUGUUAUUCUGAAUUGAAAUUGCUUUUUAAAAAAAGAAGGAAAAGCAGCAUACUUAAAUUGAAAACAAAAAUAGACAAGAUGACGAUUUUAUGUAACUCGAAUCACUAUUAUUCUGAAUUGAAAUUGUUUUAAUAAAAAGAAGAAAAAGGAACAUAGGUGAAUUUAAAAUAAAAAAUAGACAAGAUGACAAUUUUAUGUAACUCGAAUCACUAUUAUUCUGAAUUGAAAUUGUUUUAAUAAAAAGAAGAAAAAGGAACAUAGGUGAAUUUAAAAUAAAAAAUAGACAAGAUGACAAUUUUAUGUAACUCGAAUCACUAUUAUUCUGAGUUGAAAUUGUUUUAAUAAAAAGAAGAAAAAGGAGCAUAUGUGAAUUUAAAACAAAAAUAGACAGAUGACAAUUAGCUCGAAUCACUAUUAUUCUGAAUUGAAAUUGCUAUAAUAAAAAGAGGAAGAAGAAAACGUUGCAUAGGUGAAUUUAAAACAAAAAUAGACACAUGACGAUUUUAUGUAACUCGAGUCACUAUUAUUCUGAGUUGAAAUUGCUUUAAUAAAAAGAACAAGGGGCAUAGGUGAAUUUAAGUCAAGAAUGGAGUGAGGACAGUGUGUGUAUUAAUGGCUAGAACACUGCUUUUGGAGAAGACUAGAGAUGGAGAUGUGAUCAUUGUGAUUUACACAAUUAUUUUGCGCUUUUUUGCCUUGCUUAUUACUUAAUACAUUGUGUGCUGUUAAACAGUUAAUACCAUAAACCACAAAUGUUGGCUUACUGAUUGCUUUAUGAUAACCAACGAUAUUUCAGUUUAUGUUAGCCAAUAGCAGUCAGUUUCUUAGUUUGAACUGGCCAGUAGUAAAGCAUGUAUCAUGUUCAAUAGGUUAAAGGUGUUUGAUCCCCUACAAUGUAUGGUACUUGAGCCUAAAACUUAAUUUCUUGCUUGAAGUAAUCGGUAGAGCGCUCACUCAAGUUGCUUGGGUCAAAGGAUCAAAACCCUUCAGUGGACCCAUUCUCUGAUCAGCCUUUUUGCCUGUCCCAAUCAGUGACUGGUACAUCAAAGGCUGUGGCAUGUGCUGUCCUGUUUAUGCUAAUGAUUAAUAAAUCAGUGUGUUAUGCAAAACAAUCUUUAACAAGUUAUGUAAAAUCUAUUUUUGUGUAGAUGUAUGUAAUCAACUUUAGACUUACCCUGCACUCUGCUAAUCAGAUUUUUAAAGUCUUUUUCUAAAGAUGACUAAAUGUUUAUGAAGGGAUUUUAGAAUUUUUUUAAAAUCCACUAGCCAUGGCAUCAGUGAAUUUAAAAAUGUACUAGCCAUGAUUAAAAAUUAACUAGCCCUACUUAACUUUAAAUUAAUUCAAUUUUACUAAAUAAUAGUAAUAAUCAGAUAUGUCACCUAAAGAGGGCGAUAGAGCUUUAGAACACUAACAUUGAGUGGUGGUGGGGGCAGAAUAUUCCUAUUUACAAAAAAUAGACUUAACUGCAACAUUUGACAAUUUUGUUUCCACUAGCUGUCGGACAUGGUAAUAGUAGUUAUUUACUAGCCCAACGUUGAAUAUCACUAGCCAUGGGAGUGGUACUACCAUAAUCUAAAAGCCCUGUUAUGUUUGUGAUCAAUUUAAGUGUUCUGAUUUGUCAAAUAUCCUAAUUUUUCAGUGAGGCGUUAUUUUUAAAAGUUACUUGUAGAAAUACAAUAUCAUGUAAAUUCUGACAUGUGCCAAACGGUCUGAGCAAAACACUGUCUUAAGCUUUGCAGACAUUAGGACAAAUCAAAAACAUGCUGGAUAUACGGAAAUGAAUGCUUUAAGCAAGAAACUAUGUUUCAUUGUAGGUGCCCUGCAAUGUUUUUAGGGGAUUACACACCUUUAACAAAUAGAUUAACAAUUGUGAUAAGAUUGUUUAAUAAACAUCUGUGAUAUAAUCAUGAUGCACAUACAUAACAGCAGAUGUAUUUCACCACUUAAAUAAUUGUUUUUAAUCACACUUUAAUAGAUUAAAAUCGAAAAUUUACAUGACAGAUGUAUUUCACCACUUAAAUAAUUGGGGUUUUUUUUUCACAGAUUAAAAGAUUAAAAAUGACAAUUUACAUAACAGAUGUAUUUCACCACUAAAAUAAUUGUUUUUAUCCCCAGUUUACGUUGACAGAUCUAUGUAUUUCAUCACUAAAAGUUUUUAUUCAGUUAUAGAUUAAAAUUGGCAUUUUACAUGACAGACCUAAGUAUUUCAUCACUAAAAAGAAUAGUUUUUAUUCAUUUAUAGAUUUAAAAUUGACAAAGUAUGUAUGACAGAUGUAUGUAUUUCAUCAGUAAAAGAAUAGUUUUUACACCCAAUUUAAUAGAUUAAAAUUGACAAUUAACAUGACAAAUGUAUGUAUACUGAAACCCAUUGAAAAUGCAUCAAUCAGAUUUGUAGUUGUAUAAAUGAUAUGAGAAGAGAUGAUAAUACAUCUAACUUAUCUUGUGUAACUGGAUGUAUUCUCAUAGGUAAUAGAUAACCUUAAACUUGUAUACAAGAGUUUGGGUUAUUGUGUGAUUUAUAUCAACUUCACACAGGCAAUUGCAGGGAUGUGAGAGCUGCACCGAAAUGCAUAAAUGCGCUUUUCCAUUCCGUCUGGAAAAAACAAAAAACAAAACAAAAACAAAAAACAAAACAAAAACAACUGAUGCGAAAAUGAAAAAACAAAAGUAGCAUCUCGCUAUCGCAAGUAGUAUUCGUGCAUAGUACAUUCCCUUGGCUGGAUUUUGUCAGCUUCACUGCAAUUGGCCAGUUUUGUCCAAUCCAGGAUAUGCUAUUGGAAAAUAGUGUUAGGCUGUGUUAAAUUUUAGAAUGAUUUGUUUUUAAAACCAUUUGCUUUAUUAACAUUAAUUUACGACAGUAUUGUUUUGUGUUUAUAUUUUAUUGAACCUUGAAUGAAUGGCACACACAUACAAAUUAUUUAUUAUUUAUUAUUAUUUAUGUCCAUUUUGUUGUCAGCAUAUUUUUCAUGCUUUUCUAAUCACGAUAUAAGAUUUAUUAUACAUUCUAAUGCACCAAUUUCUUCUAUCUUUAUAAUAUACUUUAUUACUCAUAACCGGCCUCAGUGGCGUCAUGGGUAAGCCAUUGAACAUAAGGCUGCUAGGUACACGGUUCACAGCCUGGUACCGGCUCCCACCCAGAGCAAGUU